UAAGACGAAAAAACCCCCACCGGAGAAACCCCUUUACUCUUUCUCCCGGAUCUUUCCCCUUCACUGGGAAACUGUACGGAACACGACUGUGAGGGAGCUAAAUGCAACGAAGAGCAUGAUGGAUAGAGUCGAAGCGGCCAACGAGCUCGCUUUCCGGGUCGGGUUCUCCGGCCAUGGCGGUCACCUCCGUGUCGAGCCUCUUUACUCGGUGGAGCGCGGCGACGCCGUUAAUACGCUUCCCGAUUUUGUCUCCCCUCCUGCGUUUGUUAAGGAAACAAAAGAAUCAAUAAAGAACCAUAUUGAGGAGAAGUAUCUACAUCCGAGAUUGGACACUGAUCAAUUUUCUGCUGAAAAGGCCGGGAGACAGUGGGACUUUGAUUGGUUUGCAAGGGUUAAAAUGCCUCUGGAACCCUCUUUACCCAGGUCCGUUGUGGUUCCAGUUUGGGAGUUGCCAUUCAGACGUCAAGAAAAGGACUCUGAGAAAGGAGUCUGGGAAGUAAAGUCAGUGGAGGUUGAUGUAACGGAACAAAUGUAUGGAGAUCAAGAUUCUGGAAUUUUACCGCGGAUGGUUGGGCCACCAAAGGAUUUUCUGAGAGGAAGCCUCAAUAUUCGUCCUUUUCGUCCAGGUGGCUUGGAGGAUUCUCAAUCUUCGGAGAGAGUGGUUCCAGAUGGUGUGUCUGAUGGCUCAUGGGUUCAGGAAGUGCUUAAAGGGGGACCUGCUCAGACCGUUCCCCCUAGCUUUAAGCGGGGUUUAGAUCUAGGAGAUCUGACGCCUUAUCCCCAGACUUGGAAUGUUUACAAGGAUCAGAAUUUGCUUGACAGUGUGUCGGACAGUAAUUCGGGCGAGUUGUCCAUUCAGUUUGAUGAUCUAUUUAAUAAGGCUUGGGAGGAAGAUACCUUUUCCGAACUCGAGAGAGAUGCAGGGUCUGAGUCUCCAAAGGCAGCAUCUGAGGCUGAUGCUCAAACCGAAACAAACAAAAUCAAUGUGGCCAGUAAGGAGACUGAGACUGAAUUAUCUGUGCUGGAUGAGAUUUUAUCAUCUGCCAAAACAGGAAUGUUGUCACAAGAGGAAGUCACCCACAGCCGUGACAAGCAGAAACAGAAAGAAGGCUGGGCCAUUACUGGAGACAAUGAAGGCAUUGCAGACCGGUUCUAUGAGCUUGUUCCUGACAUGGCAAUGGAAUUUCCUUUUGAAUUGGACAGGUUUCAGAAGGAGGCUAUAUACUAUCUAGAAAAGGGGGAGUCUGUUUUCGUAGCAGCUCAUACAUCGGCUGGAAAGACAGUUGUUGCAGAAUAUGCAUUUGCUUUGGCAACCAAGCACUGUACCAGAGCUGUUUAUACUGCUCCCAUUAAAACCAUCAGCAACCAAAAAUAUAGGGAUUUUUGUGGGAAGUUUGAUGUAGGGCUUCUCACAGGUGAUGUCAGCAUAAGGCCAGAGGCAUCCUGUCUCAUCAUGACGACUGAAAUAUUAAGGUCAAUGCUUUAUCGUGGUGCUGAUAUUAUACGUGAUAUAGAAUGGGUUAUAUUUGAUGAAGUACACUAUGUCAACGACGUAGAGAGAGGGGUUGUCUGGGAAGAAGUCAUCAUCAUGCUUCCAAGGCACAUAAAUUUUGUCCUCCUUUCUGCAACGGUGCCCAACACAGUUGAAUUUGCUGAUUGGAUCGGGCGAACAAAACAGAAAGAGAUACGUGUUACUGGAACGACAAAAAGACCAGUUCCACUUGAGCAUUGCCUAUUUUAUUCCGGAGAACUGUACAAAGUGUGCGAAAACGAAAUGUUUAUUCCUAGAGGAGUAAAAGAUGCUAAAGACACACACAAGAAAAAGAAUUCAAGUUCAGUUACUGCGGGUCCAAAACCACUAACAGGCUCAUCAGGACAUCAAGAUGGAAACCGGUCUCAGAAACAUGAAAAUCAUUCUCGUGGCAAGCAGAAUAAACAUUCAAGUUCAAAACAUUUGGGAAACAGUUCCGGGACAUGGCAAUAUGAUGGCAGUCAGAAGAAUGGGAAUCUUAGAAGAUCAGCAACUUCAAAUUGGUUGUUGCUUAUCAACAAGCUCUCAAAAAAGUCACUAUUACCUGUGGUUGUCUUCUGCUUCUCAAAGAAUUAUUGCGACAAAUGUGCUGACACUUUGAUUGGUACUGAUCUCACUAGUAGUUCUGAGAAAAGUGAAAUCCGGGUCUUUUGUGAUAAAGCUUUUUCAAGAUUGAAGGGAUCUGAUCGGAAUUUACCUCAGGUUCUCAGAGUCCAGAGUCUUCUCCGUAGAGGAAUCGGUGUUCAUCAUGCUGGGCUACUUCCAAUAGUAAAGGAAGUUGUUGAAAUGCUUUUCUGCCGUGGUGUGAUUAAGGUGCUAUUUUCAACAGAGACAUUUGCAAUGGGAGUUAAUGCUCCGGCUAGAACGGUCGUUUUUGAUGCUCUGAGGAAGUUUGACGGCAAGGAAUUCAGACAGUUGCUUCCUGGAGAGUACACUCAGAUGGCAGGGCGCGCUGGCAGAAGAGGACUUGAUAAAAUUGGGACAGUGAUCAUCAUGUGCCGCGAUGAGAUUCCUGAUGAGAGUGAUCUGAGGCGUACAAUUGUAGGAAGCGCAACAAGACUUGAAUCUCAAUUCCGACUAACCUACAUAAUGAUCCUCCAUCUCCUGCGCGUUGAAGAGUUGAAGGUGGAGGACAUGUUGAAAAGAAGCUUUGCUGAAUUCCACUCUCAGAAGAAACUUCCCGAAAAGCAACAGCUUCUCAUGCUAAAACGUGCCCAGCCAAUCAAAACGGUCGAAUGCAUCAAAGGUGAACCAGCAAUUGAAGAGUACUAUGAGAUGUAUUCUGAAGCAGAAGAAUAUAACAGCAAAAUAUCGGAAGCAGUAAUGCAGUCGCCUCAUGCUCAACAGUUUCUUAAUCCUGGACGUGUCGUAGUCGUGAAAUCAGAAAAGGGCAUAGACAAUUUACUGGGAGUCGUUUUGAAAGGACCUUCAAGCACUAACAGGCAAUACAUUGUUUUAGUGAUCAAACCUGAAAUACUGUCACGAGAGCAAUCCUUGGUCAGCGGUGACAAGAAAAGUUCCGAACUCUCUCAAGGUUACUUUAUGGCACCUAAAUCGAAACGUGGUCUUGAAGAUGAGUACUACUCUAUGGUGACGUCUCGGAAAGGUUCAGGUGCAAUCAAGAUUGAUCUCCCAUACCAUGGAAACGCUGUUGGGGUAGGGUACGAGGUUAGAGGAUUUGAUAAUAAAGAGUUCUUAUGCAUAUGCCAUAGCAAGAUAAAGAUUGAUCAGGUCCGUCUACUUGAGGAUGGAAGCAAGACAGCUUUUUCUCAGACGGUCCAACAGCUUCUUGAUCUGAAAUCAGAUGGAAACAAGUAUCCUCCUGCCUUGGACCCAAUUAAAGAUUUGAAGCUGAAAGAUGCUGAGGUUGUUGAGAUGUACUACAAAUGGGCCAGCCUGUUGCAAAAGAUGUCAAUGAAUAAGUGUCAUGGUUGUGUCAAACUGGAAGAGCACAUGAAGUUGGCCAGGGAGAUUAAGAAGCACAAGGAGGAUCUUAAAGUGCUUGAAUUUGAAAUGUCCGAUGAAGCCCUUAAACAGAUGCCUGAUUUUCAGGGCCGGAUUGAUGUUCUGAAGACAAUUGGGUGUAUAGAUGAUGAACUUGUUGUCCAAAUCAAAGGACGUGUAGCAUGCGAGAUGAAUUCUGGGGAAGAACUGAUUUGCACCGAGUUUUUGUUCGAGAAUCAACUCGAUGACUUGGAGCCGGAAGAAGCAGUGGCUAUAAUGUCUGCCUUUGUAUUUCAGCAGAAGAACACAUCCGCACCUUCCCUUACACCGAAGCUGGCCAUGGCAAAGCAGAGAUUAUACGAGACGGCAAUAAGACUGGGUGAACUUCAGAACCAUUACAACUUACAAAUAGAUCCAGAAGAAUAUGCACGGGAGAAUCUCAAAUUCGGUCUGGUGGAAGUUGUCUAUGAGUGGGCAAAGGGGACUGCGUUUGCAGAGAUAUGCGAGCUGAGUGAUGUGCCAGAAGGACUGAUAGUACGGACAAUAGUGAGGUUGGAUGAGACAUGUAGAGAGUUCAAGAACGCGGCUGUGAUAAUGGGGAACUCCGCUCUCUACAAGAAAAUGGAAACAGCCUCUAACUCCAUCAAACGCGACAUCGUCUUCGCUGCCAGCCUCUACAUCACCGGUCUCUAGUUCUUCCCUCCUCUUAAUGUAAAGUUUUAAAUCUCACCAUUUCAUUAUCAUUUUCACCACCUUUCUCUACAAAGGUUUCUGUUGUAACCCUUGUAAACUCUGCCCGAAUCAUAGUGUUAUUUAUCCGCUAAUGAAUUCGAUUUCGCCUUCUUUAUUA